AUGUGGAUGUCCAAGUCUUGCUUUUGUUGCCUGUUCCGGGGUCACCGUUGCAGGCUUACUUUUCAGGACCCUGCCGCUUCCUCCCCCAAGACCCUGCCCCUUCCUCCCCUCCAAGACCCUGCCCCUUCCUCCCCUCCAAGACCCUGCCCCUUCCUCCACCCCAAGACCCUGCCCCUUCCUCCACCCCAAGACCCUGCCCCCCCUACUCCACCCCAAGACCCUGCACCUUCCUCCACCCCAAGACUCUGCCCCUUCCUCCACCCCAAGACCCUGCACCUUCCUCCACCCCAAGACCCUGCCCCUUCCUCCACCCCAAGACCCUGUCCCUUCCUCCCCUCCAAGACCCUGCCCCUUCCUCCACCCCAAGACCCUGCCCCUUCCUCCACCCCAAGACCCUGCCCCUUCCUCCACCCCAAGACCCUGCACCUUCCUCCACCCCAAGACCCUGCCCCUUCCUCCACCCCAAGACCCUGCACCUUCCUCCACCCCAAGACCCUGCCCCUUCCUCCACCCCAAGACCCUGCCCCUUCCUACACCCCAAGACCCUAG